AUGUCUGUCAUGUAUUAUUGCUAUGAUUGCGUGGCAAAAACCACAAGAAAGCCAAUAUACUCUAUCAUUCGAGACUUGCCACCUCGACCACCAGCAAGACUUGGUUUCUAUAAGGAUAUAGAUGACAAUGAUGAGGAUAAGCCACAAAGCAUUCCACCAAGACCUCCGGCAAGACUGGGUUUCUAUGAUGAUGAAGAUCAUCCUAGUCCUUUAAAAAUACGCAAGAAAAAGAAGAGGACUAGACGAAAAGCUAUUCCAAUACCGCAAGAAACAAAGAAAUGGUUAUGGGAUAUUGCCGCAUUCGAAUAUUAA